UUUAUUUAAAUCUAAAAUAAAUAGGUAAUGGGGUUUUUUCUGUUGUUUAUUUAUAAUAUGGUACUAUCAGCCGGUUACUUUCUGUGAUGAAACGACAGGAGGAAAAGGAAAGAAAAGAACAAAAAAAACAAAAAAAGAUUUCUAGACAGUCAUUUUAGUGACGUCAUAAAAACAUGACGUCAUAAUAGCCACACCGUCACAAUAAUUUCACUGUUGUUUCCAUCAACAUUCAUCAAAGAAAAUGGGUCUUAUUCAAAGCUGCAUUGGGAAGCGCAAAAACAAAGUAGGGAUUAUUUCGGAAGAAGAAGCAGAUGCAUACGACAAAAUAAAAACUGAGAUGAAGAAAGAACUGAUGGAGGAUAGCAUGCAUAACAAACCGAUUCCCUGCUUGAUGUCUUCAGCAGCUGAACACGAAAAGGAACUCACAGACACUGUAGAAAACAGUCAAGUAUCUGACUGUGUCAAGACAAAGGGCGGGAUGGCUUUCAAUAUUUACUUUAAACCCGCUCUCGCUAUGCCACUACCCAUAAAAACAUCAGUGCUGAAAAUACUGCCUGAAGAUUACGAAUGGUGGAAAGAAGAAAUGUUGAGUUUACUACAAGAGAAACAGGAAAAUGCGAGGCGUAAGAGAAGGAAAGUGCUUCGCAAAAAGAUCCUGGUAGCAAAGAAAGUAAAGGGGAUUCGAUUCAGAGAGGAUUUGGAAAUAAGAGUGAUACAAGACUAA